AUGCUGUCUCUGUUGCUGCCUCACAUCGAGCGUUUCGCCGGGGGUGACCCCGCAGCAGCAGAAGCAGCAGAAGCAGCAGCAACAGCGACAACAACAGAGCCGGCGACAACAACAGCCGGUCCACCGUGGCCAGCCGAGUGGCUCGAGCAGAUUGACGAGCUGCCGGGCCUCUUCGCAUACACCUCCCAAAUGGCGGUAUUUGCUGCUGCUGCAGUUGCUGCUGUCCCCAGUCCGCUGCUGCCUCAAGAGGUUGCAGAUCUCUGGCAGCAGCAGCGCCAACAGCUAGUGCAGGAGCGGCCGGACGAGACAUCAGCAGCAGCAGUUGCAACUCCCAAGAAGAGCGCAAGUCACACCGUCUGUACAGCAGAGCUGCAGAGACGCAUUGGGAAUGUGCUAAAGCAACCGUCGCUGCAGGUGUUGCAGCAGUGCAGCCGCAUUGCACUCGCACUCUGCAGCUGGGGUCACUUUGAGUGCCUUUCGCUGCAGCUGCUAUUCCAAGUUGCAGCUGCAGCUGUGCAUGCUCUACGCCCUCUUGCGCCUAUCUGGCUGCAGCAACAGGAGCAGGCGCUGCAACAAGCUGCCGCAUCGGAAGACAUCCAUCCGCCGCUGCUGGUGCUACAACAGCAGCAGCUAUCUCGGGCCCGUGCUGCGAUUGAAGAAGCAACGGGUGAUUUGGGGUUUACUAUAGCCCUGUUGCAAUGCCUUUGUCCCCAGAUUCUCAGAGGCCUUAUGCAUGCGGGUGACCUGCAACUGCUUCUGAAUGACUGCGAUGCUCUUUUAGACGCAGCAGCAGCGGCAAGGAGGCACACACCACCCUCGCGCCCAGCGGCUGCUGCUGCAGCACAGCCAACAACGACGUCAUCAAGCUCAGAAAAAUCAGAAGCAGCUGAAACAGAUGCAUAUUCCCUCGGGAUCGAUGCAGCAACAGCAGUAACGGCAACAUCAGAUGCUCAUGAGGACUAUGGAGCGACAGCAGCAGAGACAGCAGAAGCACCAGGAGUCGGUGAGGAGUUGUCCGAUGCAGCAACUGCGAAGCCAAGAGCAAAUGGUGGGGGAGACUGGCAUUUGCUGGAGACGGAAGUAGCGAGUAUCCUCCGCGGGCUUAUUCCCAGUGCUGAAGGGCCACCAGUCAAGGCAGCGCACAUGAGGCACUGCGGUGUGGCUUGCACCCAUACCCAGCAGCAGGACCUGGAGCAGUCGCCGGUGAAGCAGCUGCUGCAUCCGUUGCAGCUGCAACGGCAGGGCAAGCCGUUGCUAUUGGCGUUUAUAUUCCCAGCGGAUACUUGGGGCCGCAGGCAGGGGAUUUUGUUACCGAAGAAGCUGUUGCAGUUUUUCCUUCUGCGGAGGCUUGGCUGGGAGGUCCGGCUUGUUAACCUCUCGGAUUGCCGCAACAAAGGCGCCUUGGAGAUACAGCAGCUCCUUGUGUCUGAGCUGAAUGCUGGCCAAACGCAGACUGCCCUCUGGAGCCUCCACAAGCCGCAACAGGGAGACGGAGCUUCUCCAGCCGAGGAGCUGUCAGAGGCGUAG